AUGCCUCGAACGACCCCCACCAGCGCGGACCAAGAACCAGUGAGUGUCACCUCUUCGCGGGUCCCGCGAAUUUCCAGAGUGACACGCUGCUGUUAUGGCUUGGAUAAACUAUGGUCUGAAGUCCAAGUGGGUCGGCAGGGCUCCAAUUCUAUCGAGCGCGCUGAAAGCAUGGACUACUACUGCAAGAACUCGUCGUUGACCCGCGUAAUUGCUGUGUGCGUGCUAACGCCGCUGCCAACGUUGGCUUGUGCAAUUCUGCUCCAGUAUCUGCCGCUCCAGCCACCAUCCGAGCGGUGGGCCGCGAACUGGGUCUUCUGGAUUCGCUUGGGUUUGAUGGUGUUUUUAUUGACCUUUGCUGGGGUGUCCGAGCUGAAGAUAUUCAUCCCAGAGCUCCACUUCACAUGGUGCAAGAGGGUGAUAAUAGCUUUCGGCACUACUGCAGCGUACAUGGGGACAUGCUUACUCGUAGCUAGCUUCGUCGGAUUCCCGGUGCCCUUUGUAUGGCAGUUUGGAGGCAGCUUACUGGGCGUCUAUAUCCCCUUGAUGGUUCUGCUCGUGUUUGGUCGUAAGCAACUAGACCGAAGCUCUCGCUGCUACCCGAGUCUAUGUCGGUUCCUUCGGUUCUUCUUCGCGUACAUCGUGCUCAUCGAGCUCUAUCCAUUGUACAAGGUGCUGUGCGAUCUUGCGCCACUUGACAUAUCGAGGGUUGUGGUCGUUGUUCUGCCAGUAUGGAGACUCGCCGCUGAGAACUUUAUCGUUCAGUCCACACGUCAGCUGGAGGAUUUAAUCCCUGCAAUGGUCACCUUUUCGGUUGACCUCUUCAGCAUGCUUUUCGUGUCCGUAUGCAUCUCAACUUCGGGAUCGAUUCGCAUGUCCCUGGUGGUAAUUGUGAUAGAU